GGGGACUUCCAGUGGCUGUUCCCUGCUCUCUCUCUGCCGGAAUCAUGGAACUGCCCCUGCUCUGUGUGCUGGUGGUGUUAGCAGGUGUGAUUCCAACCCAGGGCGGGAUCCUGAACCUCAACAAGAUGGUCAGGGAACUGACGGGGAAGAUCCCCCUCUUCUCCUACUGGACCUACGGCUGCCACUGUGGACUUGGCGGGAGAGGACAGCCGCUAGACGCCACAGACUGGUGCUGCAAAGUCCACGACUGCUGCUAUGCCCACCUGAGGCAACACUUGUGUCGCCACCACACGGACCACUACAAAUACAACCUCUCCCAGGGCGCCAUUCAGUGCACUGGCAACAGGAGCUUCUGUGAGCAGCAGCUGUGCGCGUGUGACAAGGAGGUGGCCCUCUGUCUGCAGCGGAACCUGGACACCUACCAGAAGAGGCUUCGGUACUACCGGCGGUCCCGCUGCCAGGGUCAGAAGCCCAUGUGCUAGGAGAAGCCGCCCGCACCCUCCCGCCCUGCCGCUCCUGAGCUCUGCAAAGUCUCCGAGGAUUGCUGACACCCAGCCACAGUGCUUAGCCCCCCACCCCACCCUAAUCACUUGUCUUUAACCCCAGAAGAUGAAGGGUCUUGUCUUCCCCCAGCCCAGCCCACCCCUGUGGCACCUUCUAACUCCUCUGAGGCUGUGUUAGGAACUUAAGGGAAGACAAGGUCUCAGAGCAUCGCUGCUGGGGUCAAGUGUGACUCUGGGAGCCAAGUUGUGACAGGCCAUCACUGCCACUUGCCAGGCCUCCUGGGCCCAGUUGCACCCUCUCCAGUAAACUCUCCAAGCGACAGCCAGACAGGGCAGCUUCUCAAGAGGGUGACUGUUACACCUUCAUCCACCUGCAGGAUGCAGGAGUUCAGGGCCCUAAGCUGGUCCUGUUCCGUCUCUCCAACUGAGCUCGGAGGUCUGCAGGAGCACACAGGAGCGUAUUGGGCUGACUUGCGUGUCUGGAGCCAAGCAGGAGGUCUGCGCAGCAGCCCAGGGCUACAGGAAGCCACCUCUGGCUCGGGCUCCGGGACACCUGCCAGAGGGGAUGGUCUCUAGGCACCUUCCUUCUGAGUUCGGGUCCAGGCCAUUUCAGCCAGGCUCCCAUGCUGUGCUCUGCCAGCCACCGUCCAGCCUCCAGAUGAAGAAGUCCCGCUCGGGUCCAGAGACCACCCUACGGACACUCUCCCAAACUGACUCCCUCCUGCCCCAAGUCCUCACUCCCACCUCAGCUCCCAGGGGCCUGCGGCUCCUCAGCUGAGUCCUGAGUUGUGAUGUGUGCGCUCAGUCCGGAAUCCUAAGUUACAUGCGAUCAGCUGGACCCGGCUGGCUCCCCACAAUCCCCACUAGAUUGGAGCUCCAGCGGAUGGAGGCCAUAUCUGACUCGCCUCUGCCCCCCCCCCCCGGCUCCCAGGCCCCAUGAGUGGGAACCUGUGUGGUGUCUGCAGGUCAGACCGCCUGCUCAGGCCUCCUGGGAUCCCUCUCGCCCUUCCCUUGCACCCCUCCCCCUCUGCUCAGUGGUGACUAGAGUCAAGUAGCACCUAGUGGAAUUGCCACCCUCCACCUCUGAGCGGGAGCAGCUGGGUGGUGGUGCACUGCUGGCCCAGUUCUUGUGGGUCGGGCUGGGUGUCUGGAGCCACCUCUUUGCACCGCUUGCCCCUAGACGAUCCUGUCUUCCUUGAUCUCUUGCAGGCUUCUCCCAAGGGCACUCCCUCAAAUUCUUCUUUAUUUUUAUUUUUUUGUUUCCAAGGUUAUCACUGGGCUCAGUGCCUGCACUAUGAAUCCACUGCUCCUGGAGGCCAUUUUCCCCAUUUUAUUUUAUAAGACAGAGAGAAACUGAGAGGAGAGGGGACUACGGGGGGAGGGGGGGAGGAAGAGACACCUGCAAGCCUGCAGUGAGUGCCACAUUCAAAGUGUCCUCUCCUCCCCCCACCCCAGGGGAGGGGGCUCGAACCCAGGUCCUUGCGCUUAGUACUAUGUGUGGAUAAAUGGGUGUGCUGCCACCUGGCCUACUCUCAAUAAAUCAGAAUUCCAAUUGCA